CCUUUCCCUACCAAAUCACACCAAGUUACCAAAAAUUACUGGUCGAUCCCAUAACUGCCGUUGUCGAAUUCCAUCUUCAAAGCCUAAUCAACUUUGGCCACGUAUACCAGCCCCUCUAACAAGACAAUUUUCUGAAUCAAGCAUUGGACGUUACAGAAGUUUGUUUGAACGGCCUGUUCGGUUGUCACCAGCUGUUAAAAGAUCAAAAUGGAAUCACUGAACAGCCAAGGUAAAACUUAAGCCGUAUUUAACCGGUCGUUGCGUCUUCAGUCUCCGAUCCGGUCGUUGAGAGAGAGAAGACGCAAUUCAGAUACUUCGUUUCUCUCUCUUCUUCAGGUUUAGUUUGUGGUUUCGUUGAUUUUUUGACGUGAUUCGGAGGUGGAAUUGAUAAGAGUAGCCAUGAAAAACAAUGAACGGAUAGCGAAUUUGGCUUUGGCAGGUUUAACGUUGGCACCACUUGUUGUGAAUGUAAACCCAAACAUAAAUGUUAUUUUGACAGCAUGCCUCACAGUUUAUGUGGGAUGCUACCGAUCUGUCAAGCCAACUCCACCUUCAGAGACAAUGUCUAAUGAACAUGCUAUGCGCUUUCCAUUUGUUGGAAGUGCAAUGUUGUUGUCACUGUUCUUACUCUUCAAGUUUCUUUCAAAAGACUUGGUUAACACUGUGUUGACUUGCUACUUCUUUGUUCUGGGAAUCAUUGCACUUUCGGCAACGAUCUUACCACCUAUAAAGCGAUUCCUGCCAAAUCAUUGGAAUGAUGACAUUAUCGUUUGGCGUUUUCCUUAUUUCCGUUCUUUGGAGAUUGAUUUCACAAGGUCUCAGAUUGUUGCAGCAAUUCCUGGGACCUUUUUCUGUGCAUGGUAUGCUUCCCAGAAACAUUGGUUAGCUAACAAUAUUUUGGGCCUCGCCUUCUGCAUUCAGGGAACUGAAAUGCUUUCUCUUGGGUCUUUCAAGACUGGCGCCAUUCUACUGGCUGGACUUUUUGUAUACGAUAUAUUCUGGGUUUUCUUCACUCCAGUUAUGGUUAGUGUUGCAAAAUCUUUUGAUGCUCCUAUCAAGCUUUUGUUUCCAACAGGAGAUUUUAAACGACCAUACUCCAUGCUUGGACUUGGUGACAUUGUAAUACCUGGUAUUUUUGUGGCGCUUGCUCUGCGAUUUGAUGUUUCUAGGGGAAAAGAGAGCCAGUAUUUUAAGAGUGCAUUUUUUGGAUAUACAGUUGGUUUAAUCCUCACAAUCAUUGUCAUGAACUGGUUUCAAGCUGCACAGCCUGCACUUUUGUACAUUGUCCCUUCUGUAAUCGGAUUUUUGGCUGCACAUGUCUUAUGGAAUGGUGAAGUCAAACCGUUGAUGGAGUUUGAUGAAUCAAAAACUGCCGGAACAUCUGAAGAUGGUGCCGACACCAAAUCUGGUAAGAAGGUAGAAUGAACUAAAAAAGCCAGCGGACACAAACCAAUUUAGCGAGAAAUACUUUAUUCUCCAUUUUGAGGAACUGAAAAACCCCGCCAAGCUAACUCAUGCAACUGCACAACAUUGUAACAGAUUUUGGAAUUAAGCAAGAAAUAAUAUUUAGGCCUCCAUUUUAGACAUACCAUUACUUUAAAUAUUGGACUUCUUUUUCAUUCUUUUUUAGAACUGUGAUGUGUUUUGCCUUCUUCAGGAGAAAUAUUCUCUUCUUUUUCUUGAAGAAAACACAACUUUUGUAAGAUGCUUUUUUUGGCUUUAAAAUGGGCAAAAUGACAUGCAUUUUAGCUAUCA